GACCCAACCAUGAGAACAAAUCAAUGCACACGAAGAAGAAAGCCGCUGGACGGCGCUAGAUAAGACUUAGGGCGGAGGGUCGUCUCCCCGUGGGCCUUCUGGACGGUCCCGGGGGGAUCCCGGCGGGCUCUGCCCUCAACAAACAUGGCGACGAGGGCGCACGACGGCACUUGGCGGUGGUUCCGGUCCCGCUGCCCUCAUCGACGAUGGCGGCGCUGGAGAAGCGGCGGCCGGCCGUGGCCCCGGGGGCCGGUUUCUCGGAUGGCGGCCGGCCAACGGCGUCCCGGGCGGCAGCGGGGGCCGAGAGUGAGGAGGACUUUCUGCGGCAAGUCGGUGUGACGGAGAUGCUGCGCGCGGCCCUCCUGAAAGUGCUGGAAGCGCGGCCCGAGGAGCCCAUCGCCUUCCUGGCGCGCUACUUCGAGAACCUGGGCCUGCGCUCGCCCGCGAGCGGCGGCGCCGGCGACCCCCCGGGCCAGCUCCUGCUGCAGCAGCAGCGCCUGAGCCGCGCGCUGUGGCACCUUCGCCUGGCUCACCACUCCCAGAGGGCUGCCUUUAACAACAACGUCAGCGUGGCCUACGAGUGCCUGAGCGCCGGCGGGCGCAAGAAGAAGCCGGGCCUGGACGGGCGCACCUACAGCGAGCUGCUGCGGCGCAUCUGCCGCGAAGGCGAGGCCCCCGACGCGGCGGUGGCGCCGCUGCUGCGCAAGCUCCAGUGCCGGGACCACGAGGCCGUGCCGCUGGGCGUCUUCCGCGCGGGCAUGCGCACCUGCUUCGUGCUGCUCGAGUUCGUGGCGCGCGCCGGCGCCCUGUACCGGCUGCUGGAGGACCCGGCGCUGGCCGCCGCCGACCGCCGCGUGGGCCAGGCCGUGCUGGACACGCUGGAGGGCGCGCUGCAGACGGGCGACGGCGACGAGGCGGCGCCCGCGCGCUACCUGGAGGCCGGCUCCCGCCUCGGGCCCGACAACGUGGCGCUGGCCAUGGACCGCGCCGUGGUGGCGCGCCGGCCGUGCGUGCCCAUGCACCGCGAGGAGUUCCUGGAGAAAGCCGCCGCCCUGUUCAUCGCCAAGGUCAAGCCGGUGGGCUGAAACCCGCGCCCCUGCCCCUGCCUGGACGCCCACCUGCCCGCACCCUGCUUCCCCCCCCCAAAAGAGCCAGAAUAAAGCAUCCCCCAGCCGA